ACCGUCCAAACAGACCGUCUACUCAACCGUCCAAGGUAAAAGACUCUCCACCUCAAAACUUCUCACACAAACGAUUCUCCGAGCUUGUCAGCUGCGAUAGACCGACAGCAAUGAACCCGUCGUGCAUCAUUCUCUUCGCAACCGCCCUGCUUAGCGCCAGCGCUCUGCGCUGCUACCAAUGCGGAUGCUCUAACGCAACCGACUGCAGCAACAACAACAACACCAACAACACAAUGUCGGCAUCGUGUCACAACGUAGUCAAUCAAAUGAAUACAACAGAAUGCGUCGGCAAUUCAACCUCCUGCUACAUGCAAACAAACGAGCGCGGAUGUCGUGCCAACUGCACAAGCAAUAACGAGACCGAAUGCUGCGAUUCCGACCUCUGCAACAACAGAAGUAUCGCACUGCGCCGGUGUUACUUUUGUUCGCUGACUAGUAGGGUCGAGUGCGACAUGCAUCGCGAAACGGUUACGUGCGGAGUCGGAGGCGUGUGUCGUACCAUUGAGUAUUCGCUUCCUCAAGUCUUGGGAGGCACGACGACGUCAUUUCAACGCGGAUGUGUCGUGGAAACGUGGUGUCACGUGAGCAAUGACUGCAAGUCGGUAUCGGGUGGAAACUGUGUUCGGUGCUGCGACAGCGACCUUUGCAAUGACGGACAUUUCGAGGCAAACCAGACUACAGCAACCCCCGACACCAAUCAGACUAGAUCGACGAUGACGUCCAGUGCUCGGUCUCGACGCUAUUUCGGUUGUGGAAUUAAGUCGGGAAUUCUGCUCGCUGUUACUCUUCUGGUCGAUUACUAACUGAAAACUAAAAAGUAAGAUCAAAGUCUAUGACAGUUGAAGUGAUGGAACUAUUUAUACGUGCGCCAAUAAUUAUAUUAUCUAAACUACUUAGUACAGUACUGUAUGUCCUCAUACAUUAACAUCAUGUUGUUAUGUUGAGUGUCCAAGAAAUUAUCGGUCCAUGCUCUAACAAUAAAAAAAUGAAAAAACUUGAGGUCAUCGCCUGCAGUGAUUGACACAGACACCACUCUCCAUCCUCUUCAUCAGC